AUGAAAAAAUAUGCCACAAACGCAAAAUUGAUUACUUUGGCAUAUUUCAUAUAUUUUUAUUUGUGCUCUAAUCUGGUCGUGUUACUUUCUCUCGUACCCAAAUUACUGGACAUCGUGUUACCCCUCAAUGAAUCCCGAUCCAUAAGUAUGCCUUUUGAAGCCUAUUAUUUCGUCGAUAAAGAAAAAUAUUAUUUCUACAUUAUGUUUCAUAUAUGCAUGGGCGGGACUAUAGCUCUUACGGCGGUAGUCGCGCACGAUUGCACGUUUUUUAUGUACAUUGAGCAUGUUUGUAGCCUCUUUGCUGUGGUUGGAUUUCGUCUUGAGACUUUAUCAUAUAAAGAUCGUAACGAUGCGAAUAAUUGUUCGGAUCAUCGGAAGAUCUAUACUCGGAAAAUCGCUAUCUUCAUUCAUGCACACUGGAGAGCUUUACGAUUCGCGGAGAUUCUUGAAGACAUGUUUUGCACUGCUCUCGCAAUACAAAUGCUGAUAGUUGUUAUCACAUUGAGCAUUACUCUACUACAAGUUGCGUUACAGUACGACGAAAUUCAUGAAAUGUUGAAGCACCUGACGUUUAUCUUCGCUCAAGUAUUGCACACGUUCCUCUACAGUCUUCAUGGUCAGAGAUUGCUUGAUCACAGCUUGCAAUUAAGCGACAAAAUAUACAAUUCCUCCUGGUAUGAAAUACCUGCGGAAACACAAAGGCUACUUCUGCACGUGAUGCGAAGGAGCAUGGAACCCUGUUUCUUGAGCGCCGGCAAGAUUUAUGUCUUCUCUUUGAAGAGCUUUACCACGGUAAAUAUUAUUUAG